UUAGAACUCAGUGUUUUAGUACACACAAAAAACUAUUGUUUUACAGCAUACCUAAGAGUAACAUUUAAUAAUCUUAAGACAAAACUAGUGGUGAUAAAAUAGUUUAAAAAAUCAAGACUUAAGUUGUGUUGAAUUUAGUGCUAACAUGUCUAGUUUAUCAACAUUCUCCUCCAAGCCUAAUGCAAAGCCUCCUCUCAAGGGGAGUUUUCCCUUGGACCAUGAUGGGGAGUGCAAGGGUUUCAUGAUCAAGUACAUGCAGUGCUUGCGUAAAAAUCAGAAAGAGGCUACCCUGUGUCGGCAGGAAUCCAAAGAUUACCUGCGAUGCAGAAUGGAUAAAAAUCUGAUGUUGAAAGAGGACUGGAAUAAACUUGGAUUCACUGAAGAGGAAUUGAGACAGAAAGCGUCGGACUCUUGAGGUCUACCAUUGAUUUAUGUUAUGUCUAAAUGUCAAUUGUUUUAUAAAGAAAUUUUUUCUA